GCUCCGAGCUGCGUUACUAUCGCUGACUGUCAAAUGGAACUAGCGAAAUGCCCGGCGUGAUGGCAUUCCGACGUAGUAUCACGUAAAGCACUUCAAGGUCUCAAUGAUGACUGCGACUGCCAGCUGGCUCCCUCGUCACAGGAGACCUUGUCUGCAGCUCCGUAACUUGUCAUCGCCGUCACUUCUGGCGUUGACGAUCAUUGACAUAGCGUUCUCUCUGGCUACCGUUCAUUCCCUUUUUGACUUUCAACUGCUCAAGCCGAAGCACGAAAGAUGAAAUUCCCGCUCACACACGCGCCGUUCGCCCCACUACGUCUCGGCGAAUGUGACCGUAAGGAGGCCGUAGAGCUAGCCGAUCUAUUCGUGCAGCAGACGCUGGCCGACUACGAGGCUCACCUGGAUAUACAGCACGGUGUUGUGGAUGAAGUCCGGUGGAAAAUGGUCAAGCGAUUCGAAGACGUCGUCGUGUACCAGGAUCGCGAGGCCAUGCGACCACGCCGGCUGACGCUUGCCAGCUCCUCGUCCGGCUCGGGCUACGAACAUCGCGAAAGUCCGAAUGAGAUGCAGAAGCUGCUCUGGUUCGGCACCGUGCAGGGCUCACUCGACGAUAUUAUGUACGGGGUCAUCAACCCCACCGCCGAGGAGGCCAAAGUCAAGGCCUCCUACGUCGGCAGCAACGUGCUCGACUUCGCCGUUCUCGACUCCAUCUUGCGCCCAACCGUGGACGAUCCAUUUCGAGGGCUGCAUAUCAAGUGGGCGGUGAACGGCGGGCCGUCCUUGAUGCGCUCCAUGGUUCGUUGCCGAGACUUCGUCUAUCUCGAGUCCACGGGCAUGACGAUGAACUCCAAGGGCGAGCGCAUCGGCUACCACAUUCUCCACUCUAUUGCUGUACCAGGAGCCCCGGAGCUCCUUGAACACAAGAUCAUUCGCGGUAACAUGACGCUAUACCAUUUGUACCGUCAGAAGAGCGUGGGUGUCGUGGAGACGUACGUCAAGGCCUUCAUCGACGUGAUGGGGGACAUGCCCUCCAGCAUCGCCACGUUCGUGUCAGCCAAGGGCGUCGUGUCCGUGUGGAAACUUGGUGACUAUGCAGAGAUGAAGAAGCUCAUGUGGCUGCUGAAGCAGCACAAGGCAACGUCGUCUUACCAGGACAGUAGCUCGAAUUUCUGUCGCGUGUGCCACAAGGAAGCUCGCGGCGUACUGUCACGUCGACAGACCUGCUGCAUUUGUUCGGGCUGUGCUUGCUCCCGGUGCAGCAUUCCGAAAAAGCUGCACCACAUGUCACCGCUCACACGCACGGUGAUGCAGACGUCCGUGGUGGUGUGCACGCCUUGUAUGCGGACAGUGUUGACCACAAGCUGUCUGGAGGUGGCACAGGCCGAGGCGGCGAGGAAUAGUCAGGGUGAGGACUUCCACGACGGCGGGUCGAUCAAGGACACGUCGUCGCCGUCUUCGUCUGGGUCUUCGCACGCGUGAGAGAAGUCGAUGGCCGUCGGUAGCCGUCCAAGAAUCGUAAAGCGGCAUCGCACAGCACGUUCAGUUGAUACCAUUUAGAGACAGCGUGCAUGAUCUUUCAAGCUGGAGGGAUCCGCUACAAGUCCCGCGUGCGCCAGCGUGGUACAUGUAUGAGUGGCGAACAGAUUACUUCGUGCUUCUUGGAGUCUCCACCACUUUACAUGACGUCGUGUUGCGUGAUCGACUAACGUCUCUGAACCACCAAUUGCGUGAGAAUUCAAAUUGAGUGGCUAUGAGCAACAAUCACAGAUUUCGAUCCUGAUCGGCGAU